AGGUCAGAGGCUUGAGUGUAACACGGAGAGCAUAUCAUGUUGAAGAUGAGCCGGUGGCAGCGACAGAGCCAAAGUCAGAGCUGGAACCUGCGGAGAGAGUGUUCCAGGAGAAAGUGUAUCUUCAUACAUCACCACACUUGAAAGCAGAACCUAAUCCAACCACAGAGAUGGCAGCCGAAUCAUUGCCUUUCUCCUUCGGGGCAGUGUCCAACUGGGAGCUGGAAGCUUGGUAUGAAGACCUGCAGGAAGUCCUGUCCUCAGAUGAAAAUGGGGGGAAGUAUAUCUUACCCGCUGGAAACGAAGAGGAAGACUCAAAAACAUUCACCACUCUUGACCCUGCAUCUCUUGCUUGGCUGACUGAGGAGCCAGGGCCAGCAGAGGUCACAAGUACCUCUCAGAGCCCUCGGUCUCCGGAGUCCAGUCGGAGCUCCCUCGCUCAGGAAGAGGAGGAAGAAGAGCAAGGGAGACCCAGGAAACGGAAGCAGAGUGGCCAGGGGCCAGCCCGGGCUGCAAAGCAGCGUGUGAAGGAAAAGGAACAGGAGAACGAAAGGAAAGUGGCACAGCUCACAGAAGAGAACGAACGGCUCAAGCGGGAAAUUGAGUGCCUGACCAGGGAAGUAGAGGCCACGCGCCGAGCUCUGAUUGACCGAAUGGUUAAUCUACACCAAGCGUGAGCAGAUGGGGCCAUCACUCUGCAGCUCUGGCUGCCACCUACCUUUCCCAGAAGUGGCCACUGACCAUCUGCACACCUGUGCCAGUAAUGGGACCCUCAAAUGCUUGGGGUAGACAGAAGGCCAGGUCCCAGCGUGUAUAUAGAGGUUGUACAUUUAUUUAUUACUGUCCACAUCAUUAAAGUGACUUGUGACUAUGAA